CAAGUUAACACCGACGAGCGCUACCUCGAUCUCCAAGCGAGUAAUCGGACGCGCGACGAGCGGGCAUAGUUCUAAUAGAAUGACACACGACCGCAGGAGGCACGAUUUCUACCGCAUAAAAUCUAUUUCAGAUCGUCGACUGUCGGAGGAGUGGCCUCGACACGGUACUGUGGGACCGGCAGAAGCUCCAUGGGAUCCGCGAAGAAGGCAGGAAGAGAAUGCUGCUAAAGCCAACUAAUGACCGACGUAGAUUGCGCACUUGGCUCUGCUCAACGCCAGCGUCGGCCACCACCAUCACCUCGCCGCUCUUCGCCGUAGCUUAGACGUUGUCCUUGUGGUUGUCCUACCCGCGAGUCUUCUCGGCAACGCGGCGGCGCGCAUAUCAUCGCGGAUAAUCGUCGUCGUCGCACAUCACAUCGCACGACCACUCGACGUCCUCGCCUUCUCGCGAACGCCAGCGUGUCCCCCGGCGCGCCGACGGGAAAGAAAUCGCAGACGCCAGGACUGCCGGCCGGGCAGGUUUAGCAGAACUUGAAGAGCCGCAACUUUACGGUCCCCCGCGAGUAAUCGCCGGCGAGCCGACGGGCGAAAGUCCCGACACGUUCAUAACGGCCGAACGAGCCGUCCGCGCGCGCGGCGACAGAUAAAUUCCCCCGCGUGUGCCCGCGCCGACGUGCAAAACAAAUUAGAGGAGAGCCAGCGAGGGAGAGGGAAAACAAAAAAGCGAGAACCGAAAGAGCAAGAGAAAACAACAAGGACACGCAAGGACGGGGGCUCGAGAGCGCGCGCGCGCGCGAGAGAGGGAAAGAGAGGGAAGGAGAAGGAGAGGGAGAGGGAGGCGGUCGUCGUCCACGGCGCGUUGAUAAACGUUGAGUAAUGGGGACGCAAAUUGCGUGCGAGGAAUACCGCGUGAGAAACGACCGGCCGAUGCAAAUUCUUCUGGUCGCGAGGCCGACGCAGCAGCAGCCGGCGGCGCUGCCGGACGCCGUGAUUCUGUCGGAAGGCUCGUCCACCCGCGACCACGUGGCCCGCGCGGGCCCCAGCAAGAUGGCCGUCCUCCGUGGUCUCCACGGCGCUCUCAAGAGGAGGGACGCGUGAUCGCGUCGAGGGAACUCGCUCGCUAAUUCCUCGAAUCAGAAUCGUCGCUCGCGAUCCACGCGGAUUUCUCCCGGUUCUUCGGGGAACCGCGAGAUCUCGCGGAGGACGGGAAUCCUCCAUUGAACUCUCUUGAGCGCGACGCGGCGUGUCCUGGGCUGGAACUGUCAGCCGACUGUAAUACAGCCGAAUCGAAAUGGCGCGGGGAGACAUUGCAUACGUCGUAAUCGUUACACCGAAUGUUCGCGAAUGACAGCGCAGAUGCGCGCAAAUUACUAACGCACAGACCGGCGAGCGUGAUCGUCCACCAGUGAGCGACGCACGGGGUGAGGGAGGAAGUGCGGCUGUUCGGAAGUGAGACACCUCGGCGCAUAAGAGAGAUUACGGCGAACUGCUCGACACGCGCCCCCGCUGCCCCGCUGGUAUUUGUCCACGCCCGCGCUAGAGAGAGACGGGAAGAGCGUCGAGUGGCAUCGAGGGCGCAGGAUCUCGCCCGGCAACUUUUCCCGUCGCCCAGAGGUCGACGAGAAGAUCAAACAGGGGAGAUCGAGCACAGAGACACGAAUAAGACGCGCUCGCUCGAGCUCCGCGAGGCGGGGGAGGGGGGAGGACUACGAGGGGUCGCGUGCCGGCGUCGGCCGGGACAAUCGCUCGCGAUCCGCUCCCUCUCUCUCUCUCUCUCUCUCCUCUUUGCGAUACGUCAUACCCACUACCAUACCAUCCGCGGCUGAGGCAGGCGAGUGGUGGAGAAGGAGAAGCACGAUGGCGGGGACGGGGGUGGGCGUCGGCGGCGGGGGGAUGCUGAGGACCAGGCGGAGGGAUGUCAGCGUUAAGCCAAAUAGAAAACUCGACCGGAAGUCCUCGAGAGGGAUGAUUUACGAGAACGAGGAGCUCAGACUGAGGACCAUUCACAUCAAUGCCGAGGUGGAGCAAGGUCAGAACGACAUCAAGAAACUGCGCAGGGAGAACGAGCAGCUACGUAGGGAGAUAUGGAGCCUCAGGGACGAGUACGACAAGCUCGAGGAGAUCCUGAAGAGACAGAAGAUCCGCGGCGAAAGCGAAGAGUACGAAGAUCGCUCCGAGGAGGAUGAUGGCCUGCAGUCGGACUUCUCUUGCGAGGAGGACGUGGACGUCGAACGAGAGGAGUACGACGGAGACAACGACAAGACGGCCAAAGGCUUUAACCAGGAGGAGCAGCUGGAGAACGCUGAGAACCAGAAGAUUUCCUUCGAGAAGAUGAGCAGCAGUCUGCAUCGGCUGCACGUGGAGUUCGACGAUCUGUCGGUCGUCGACGAGGAGGAGGAGCUGAAGAAGGACAAGGAAAGGAAGGAGACGACCCCGUCGCUGGAGGAGCAGAGAAGCGACGGUGGCCGGCACCUACCACCGCCGUUCUCUGGCCCCCGCCAACUUCACGAUAACAUCCCGUUUUAUCCGGCCACGUACGAGCCGACGAGUGCUUUCAGCGAAACCAGUUAUUACACCGAAUGUCCGUUCGAGUUCCCGAAUACAAUUGAUUUAAUGCUACCCACGGACACGCUGCUGCCUUCGCCCUGCUCAGGAUUACAGUCCGACCCAUUGGUCCCGCUGGCCAGCUUAGACUCCAGAUCGUUGGAUCAAGUGGCCGAGCAGAUGCUACCUCGAAUCCACGUCCCGCCCGUCGGUUGGCAGAACGAUGUGGUUCCUCCUCCGAGACAGCCGCCGGCCUACUCCGGCGCGAACGUCAUUCCCGACGCAACGACGAAGAUGCAAACGACGGGCAUGCCGGAGUCGAAGAUGACGGUUUCGCCUGAUGUUUACGGCUUCCUCAGGCGGAGAAACGCAAGGCAACUCACGAGGAUGCCGGAUGCGUCGACUCUGGAAGACUCUCAAGCGUGGUUUUCGAGUCGCGAGGAAGCGGUCGCUCGAGACGCCUGGGACGUCGGCGAGGACUUCACCGACGGCAAGGAUGCGUCGGCUGAGCUCCGAAAGACCGAGGAGGUCGCAACGUCUACCGCGCCGGAGAGACCGAAGCACUUUUUCGCGCCGUUGCCCAGCAAACUGAAGAGACAAGAAGAGGAAUCACCGACCGCGAGUCACUUCGGGACCGGGACCAGCUCGAGCAGCGGUAAGACGGUCUCCACCGUCGUCUCCCGCGUCAACCCUUUCGUAGGGCAGCAGAAAGGCUCGGCGGACAUUUACGUGAACGGCGCGGUGGCCUACGACGGCGAGAACGUUUCGAAGGAGCGAGACGAGUCGAGGACGUUCUUCAGCACUGACGACCUGCUACUCGCGGAGCACAGCAGAACCGCCGCUGUGCACGCGAGCGGCGGUCAGCUGACGAAAUCGGUGUCCUGUCAAGACCUCUCGAGCGAGUGUCCAGGUAUGGCGCUGCAGCAAUCGAAGCUGAGCCACGCGGCCGACGGCAAGCCCCAGAUGCUCACAAAGAGCGACAACACACUGGACAACAUAACGAGCGGCUCUUCCCCCGGCCGGCCGUACAAGAGUCACCUGAACGUGACCCUGAGGGUACCUCGAAUGGAGCAAGCGCAGAGCCCUGAAACGCCGGAGAUCCCAAACUUGCCGUCGAUAGACUACCGUCUCUUCAGGAAUCCGUUCCUGAGGAACCUGGACAAGCUCUGGCCGAGCUACCGGCUAGAGUCGAGUCCGCCGGCGACCAAGCCGCUGUCCGUUCAAGUGAACGACGACGCUUAUCAGUACAACCUGCCGACUUACGGACGCGCUGUGCAUCUAGACGAGAGCUUUCGCGCCGCGCAGUUGCCUGACAAGAAUCGUCUGCUGAUCCCUAGCGACCAAGUGCUGGGCAGUAAGCAGGACAUUCAAAUAACCUCUUUCGAGAGACCGAGCCCUUGUACCCUGAUACCUUCCGCCGCGUCGUACGAUCUGUCGACGUUGCGGAGGCUGAACGCGAAUCGAUACCUCCAGAGUCAGAAUUCGUAUCAGAACGUGCCGUCGUUCGUGGCGUCGUCGCGUACUGGUGGGCAGUUUUAUCCGCAAAGGCCGGGAGGAAUAGUGGGGUACUACGACCAACUUGCGAUCAAGAUACCAGCGCAGACGCAGACGUCGAUCGACGGCGACUCGCAUCACGAGGACGAGCAUCCGGACGAGGAGACGACGAGCGCGCCGAACUCGCCGAGUGGACAGAGACGGAAGAGGGUCAUGAGUCGGAGGGACAAGGCUACGUUGAAGGAUCAACGGCCGCUAUCGCCGGCGGCGCAACGGAGACUGAGGAAGCAGAGCAGUGUCACAUCUACGGACAUCCCCGACUCGCCGGACAAAAUGGCGCGAAAGAGGCCGAGGAAGCUGAGCACGACGACCACGUCGGACGUGCAGGAAGACAAAAACGAGAGCCGUUCGUCGUCCUCGGGCCAGGACUCGCCGCGCAAGGACCAGAACAGGCGGGUGUCGGUUUAUAUUAAUUCCAAGAGACGAUCGUCGCAAACGUCUCUCAAGACCUCGCGGAGCGGCAGCGUGGACGCGACUAAGGACAAAUACGCGGACGCCGCCGGUGUACCGAGUUCGGAACGUGAGAGAACCAACUCGAUCAGCAGCCGGGAAAUCGCCGGCGUGAAAGCUCGCAAGACGAGUACCAGUAGCGGUAAUGUGCCGUGGUGCGCGUGUUGGGGAAAUGGUUGCAUUUAAUCACAGCUGUGUAGUCAGUCCCGUUCAGGGACGUGACUAGAGAAGCACAGGCUGCGCGGAAGGACCAACAAGGAGAGUGAUACAACUGUCCCUCACCGAUUUGAAUGGGCUUCGGAUAUAUUGUAGAGCAUCAAAAACUAAGGGACAAGAUUUCUCUACAAUUACGCUAUGCUUCACGACUGCUUGUACAUAUUUUCUUAUGCUACAAUUAAUCGUAAUGAUAUGAUAUACAAUGUAUUACACGAAAUAAAAAUGCUUGAUAAAAACGUGAACAAUUGAACAAUUUGCAUAUAUAACAGUAGCAAAUGUGUGCGCAGCAUCGCUAUUUGUACAAAAGCUCCAAAUGUAUAUUUUCUUCAUUUAAUGUGUAAAAUUUAUGUUCACUACAAUCUGAAAGGUAUGUCGAUUAAAAUGAUUAAAAAAGUAUUUCAUGCAAUGCACGUGAAAUAAUGAAACACAUUAUCAUCGGCCUAAUUAGAAAACCUCCUAACUUCAAUUUUUGACAAAAUUGAGACACUCAUUUUGUUCGAUUUAUCUCGUCGAAUUUGAUCGAAUAAAAUGAGUCUCAAUUUUGUCAAAAAUUGGAAUUAAGAGGUUUUGUAAUUAGGCCGACGUUAUGUUACCUCUGCAAGCAUGUAGUGUGACAAUAAAAUAUAUUUUAUUAAUUGCUGAAUGAGACAUAACGAAGGGCUUAACAAAAAUUAUGGAGUAAUAAUUUGUAGGAUAGAGAGGAACAAUACAAUACAAUAAAUUA